UGGACUCGGUUGGCCGGAGUGGUCUCCCUCUUGCCUGGCGAGCUGGGAGGCUGGCUGCUGAGGAACAUGUCCUCGCAGUUUCUCUGGGGUUUUGUUACUUUGUUGAUGAUAGCUGAAUUAGAUGGCAAAACUGGAAAGCCGGAGCAGAGGGGACAGAAAAGGAUCGCUGACCUGCACCAGCCUCGGAUGACUACGGAGGAGGGAAACUUAGUAUUUCUUACAAGCUCUACCCAAAACAUUGAAUUUAGAACUGGAUCCCUGGGGAAAAUCAAAUUAAAUGAUGAAGACCUUGGCGAAUGUUUACACCAGAUCCAGAGAAACAAAGAUGAUAUUAUAGAUUUAAGAAAGAAUACAACUGGCCUCCCUCAAAAUAUACUUAGUCAAGUCCACCAACUUAACUCGAAGCUCGUGGAUCUGGAGAGAGAUUUUCAAAACUUACAGCAGAAUGUGGAGAGAAAAGUUUGCAGUAGCAAUCCCUGCCUUAAUGGUGGCACCUGCGUCAACCUGCACGACUCCUUUGUGUGUAUCUGCCCUUCUCAGUGGAAGGGUCUCUUCUGCUCAGAGGAUGUCAACGAGUGUGUAGUUUACUCAGGAACACCCUUUGGCUGCCAGAGUGGAUCCACCUGUGUGAACACAGUGGGGAGUUUCAGAUGUGACUGCACGCCGGAUACGUACGGACCUCAGUGUGCAUCCAAAUAUAAUGACUGUGAACAGGGCUCUAAACAGCUCUGCAAGCACGGCAUCUGUGAGGAUUUACAGCGAGUUCACCAUGGACAGCCGAAUUUUCACUGCAUCUGUGAUGCUGGGUGGACAACACCGCCAAAUGGAAUCUCCUGCACAGAGGACAAAGACGAAUGCAGCCUCCAGCCUUCACCUUGUUCGGAGCAUGCGCAGUGUUUCAAUACACAAGGCUCCUUCUACUGUGGGGCCUGCCCCAAAGGUUGGCAGGGAAAUGGUUAUGAAUGCCAGGAUAUCAAUGAAUGCGAGAUCAACAAUGGAGGCUGUUCCCAGGCGCCACUGGUCCCAUGCCUGAACACACCUGGAUCAUUCUCCUGUGGGAACUGUCCAGCAGGUUUCAGUGGUGACGGGAGAGUGUGCACUCCCGUGGACAUCUGUUCGAUCCACAAUGGAGGCUGCCAUCCAGAGGCAACCUGCUCCUCAUCUCCUGUUCUAGGGUCCUUCUUGCCUGUCUGCACCUGUCCUCCGGGAUAUACAGGAAAUGGUUACGGGUCUAAUGGAUGUGUACGCCUCAGUAAUAUUUGCUCAAGGCACCCGUGUGUAAAUGGACAGUGCAUAGAAACAGUAUCAAGUUAUUUCUGUAAGUGUGACUCAGGCUGGUCUGGACAGAACUGUACAGAAAACAUUAAUGACUGUUCGAGCAACCCCUGUUUGAAUGGGGGCACCUGUAUUGAUGGCAUCAAUGGCUUCACCUGCGACUGCACAAGCUCUUGGACUGGCUAUUACUGUCAGACUCCCCAGGCAGCUUGCGGAGGGAUCCUCUCAGGGACACAAGGAACCUUUGCCUACCACAGCCCAAAUGAUACCUAUAUUCACAAUGUGAACUGUUUCUGGAUUGUCAGAACUGAUGAGGAAAAGGUUCUGCAUGUCACCUUCACGUUUUUUGAUUUAGAAUCAGCAAGCAAUUGUCCCCGGGAGUACCUUCAGAUUCAUGAUGGAGACUCCUCAGCGGAUUUCCCACUUGGUAGAUACUGUGGCUCCAGGCCCCCCCAGGGGAUCCACAGCAGUGCCAAUGCUCUCUAUUUCCAUCUCUACUCCGAGUACAUAAGGAGUGGGAGAGGCUUUACAGCAAGGUGGGAGGCGAAGCUGCCAGAGUGUGGCGGCAUCCUGACUGAUAAUUACGGUUCUAUUACGUCUCCGGGGUACCCUGGAAACUACCCCCCAGGAAGAGAUUGUGUCUGGCAGGUUUUAGUCAAUCCUAACUCCUUGAUAACAUUUACCUUUGGAACCUUGAGCCUGGAGAGCCACAAUGACUGCAGCAAAGACUAUUUGGAGAUUCGAGACGGUCCUUUCCACCAAGACCCUGUUCUUGGGAAAUUCUGCACUUCCUUGUCUACCCCACCCCUCAAGACUACCGGUCCUGCAGCAAGAAUUCAUUUCCAUUCUGACUCUGAGACCAGUGACAAAGGCUUCCACAUCACCUAUCUAACCACACAGUCGGAUCUGGACUGUGGUGGGAACUACACAGACACGGAUGGCGAGCUCCUCCUUCCUCCUUUGUCUGGUCCUUUCAGUCACAGCAGACAGUGUGUCUAUCUCAUCACCCAAGCCCAGGGAGAACAAAUAGUUAUCAACUUCACCCAUGUGGAGCUGGAGAGCCAGAUGGGCUGUUCUCACACUUACAUCGAGGUUGGAGACCAUGACAGCUUACUUCGAAAGAUCUGUGGCAAUGAAACCUUGUUCCCCAUUAGAUCAGUUUCUAAUAAAGUCUGGAUCAGAUUGAGAAUAGACGCUUUAGUCCAGAAGGCUAGUUUCAGAGCUGACUACCAAGUUGCUUGUGGGGGUAUGUUAAGAGGAGAAGGAUUCUUUCGCUCACCUUUCUAUCCUAACGCAUAUCCUGGACGAAGAACCUGUAGGUGGACCAUCUCCCAACCCCAAAGACAAGUUGUCCUUCUUAACUUCACUGACUUUCAGAUCGGAAGUUCUGCCUCCUGUGAUACAGAUUAUAUUGAGAUUGGUCCCAGCUCUGUCUUGGGAUCUCCUGGAAAUGAGAAGUUUUGUAGCUCAAACAUACCGUCAUUUAUAACAUCUGUAUACAAUAUUCUUUAUGUUACAUUUGUGAAAAGUUCUUCCAUGGAAAAUCGUGGCUUCACGGCUAAGUUCAGCAGUGACAAACUAGAGUGUGGAGAAGUUCUCACGGCAUCUACAGGAAUUAUCGAAAGUCCAGGUCAUCCAAACGUCUACCCAAGAGGUGUAAAUUGUACUUGGCAUGUAGUAGUCCAACGCGGCCAACUGAUCCGUUUGGAGUUCAGUUCCUUUUACCUGGAGUUUCAUUACAACUGCACAAACGACUACCUGGAAAUUUAUGACACUGCCGCUCAGACUUUUCUUGGGAGAUACUGUGGAAAAUCCAUCCCGCCUUCUCUUACCAGCAACUCUAAUUCAAUAAAGCUGAUAUUUGUGUCUGACUCCGCCCUUGCCCACGAAGGCUUUUCCAUAAAUUAUGAGGCAAUCGAUGCAUCAUCAGUAUGUUUAUAUGACUAUACAGAUAAUUUUGGGAUGCUCUCCUCCCCGAACUUCCCCAAUAAUUACCCCAGUAACUGGGAGUGCAUCUACAGAAUCACUGUGGGACUCAACCAACAGAUUGCAUUGCAUUUCACAGACUUCAUCUUGGAGGACUAUUUUGGGUCACAGUGUGUAGAUUUUGUAGAAAUCAGAGACGGAGGCUACGAAACGUCGCCGCUUGUUGGGAUUUACUGUGGCUCAGUUUUGCCUCCUACAAUCAUCUCCCACAGUAACAAGCUCUGGCUAAAGUUUAAGAGUGACGCCGCACUCACGGCAAAGGGGUUCUCAGCGUACUGGGACGGAUCAUCAACAGGCUGUGGAGGUAAUCUCACCACCCCCACAGGGGUGCUCACAUCGCCCAACUACCCGAUGCCCUACUACCACAGCUCCGAAUGCUACUGGCGGCUGGAAGCCAGUCAUGGCAGCCCUUUCGAGCUGGAAUUCCAAGACUUCCACCUGGAACACCACCCCAGCUGCUCUCUGGAUUACUUGGCCGUGUUUGAUGGCCCGACUACCAACUCCCGACUGAUAGAUAAACUGUGUGGGGAUACGACACCUGCUCCCAUCCGUUCCAAUAAAGACGUCGUAUUGUUAAAACUGAGGACUGAUGCAGGUCAGCAAGGCCGUGGCUUUGAGAUCAACUUCCGGCAGAGAUGUGACAAUGUGGUGAUAGUGAACAAAACCUCUGGCAUCCUGGAGAGCAUAAAUUAUCCAAAUCCCUAUGAUAAGAACCAACGUUGUAACUGGACCAUCCAAGCAACCACCGGCAACACCGUGAACUACACGUUUCUGGGAUUUGAUGUGGAAAGUUACAUGAACUGCUCCACAGAUUAUGUAGAGCUCUAUGAUGGACCACAAUGGAUGGGACGCUACUGUGGAAAUAACAUGCCCCCACCAGGGGCUACAACAGGCUCCCAACUCCACGUACUGUUCCAUACAGAUGGGAUCAAUUCUGGGGAAAAAGGAUUUAAGAUGCAGUGGUUCACUCAUGGCUGUGGUGGAGAGAUGUCUGGAACCGCAGGCUCCUUCAGCAGCCCUGGGUACCCCAACAGCUAUCCUCACAACAAAGAGUGUAUCUGGAACAUUCGCGUGGCCCCAGGGAGUAGCAUUCAGCUCACCAUCCAUGACUUUGAUGUGGAAUAUCAUACAAGCUGCAACUAUGACUCCCUGGAGAUCUAUGCAGGUCUUGAUUUUAACUCUCCAAGAAUAGCCCAACUGUGUUCCCAAUCACCGUCAGCGAACCCCAUGCAGGUCUCCAGCACUGGCAAUGAACUAGCAAUCCGAUUUAAGACGGAUAGCACUUUAAAUGGAAGAGGUUUCAAUGCCUCGUGGCGAGCAGUCCCUGGAGGUUGUGGUGGGAUUAUCCAGCUUUCCAGAGGAGAGAUUCAUUCUCCAAAUUACCCCAACAACUACAGAGCUAACACAGAGUGCUCCUGGAUCAUUCAAGUUGAGCGACAUCACCGUGUUCUCUUGAAUAUCACUGACUUUGACCUUGAAGCUCCAGAUUCUUGUCUUACGACUUAUGAUGGCUCAAGUUCCACAAACGCCCGUGUCGCCAGUGUGUGUGGAAGACAGCAGCCCCCUAACUCUAUCAUCGCUUCAGGAAACAGCCUCUUUGUGAGAUUCCGGUCUGGAUCUUCCAGCCAGAACAGGGGCUUCCGGGCUGAAUUCAGGGAAGAGUGCGGAGGCCGCAUCAUGACCGACUCUUCCGAUACUAUCUUCUCUCCACUGUACCCUCACAACUAUCUACACAACCAGAACUGUUCCUGGAUAAUUGAAGCUCAGCCUCCAUUCAAUCACAUUACUCUCUCCUUUACUCACUUUCAACUUCAAAACAGCACAGACUGUACACGGGACUUUGUAGAAAUUUUGGAUGGCAACGACUAUGACGCACCUGUCCAAGGCCGUUACUGUGGUUUCUCCCUGCCCCACCCCAUCAUAUCAUUUGGCAAUGCCCUAACCGUGAGGUUUGUCACUGAUUCCACACGCAGUUUUGAGGGUUUCCGUGCCAUCUAUUCUGCAUCGACAUCAUCUUGUGGUGGAAGCUUCUACACACUUGAUGGCAUCUUCAAUAGCCCCGACUACCCAGCAGACUACCAUCCAAAUGCAGAAUGUGUCUGGAACAUUGCCAGCUCCCCUGGCAACCGCCUGCAACUGUCCUUCCUAUCCUUCAAUUUGGAGAAUUCUCUAAACUGUAACAAGGAUUUUGUGGAAAUCCGAGAAGGAAAUGCCACGGGCCACUUGAUUGGACGAUACUGUGGAAACUCCCUCCCUGGGAAUUAUUCGUCAGCUGAGGGACAUAGUCUAUGGGUCCGAUUUGUCUCUGAUGGCUCAGGCACUGGCAUGGGCUUCCAGGCCAGGUUCAAAAAUAUAUUUGGCAAUAAUAAUAUUGUGGGAACUCAUGGGAAAAUCGCAUCUCCCUUCUGGCCUGGAAAAUACCCCUACAACUCCAAUUACAAAUGGGUGGUAAAUGUGGACGCAUAUCAUAUUAUCCACGGUAGAAUCUUAGAGAUGGACAUAGAACCCACAACGAACUGCUUUUAUGACAGUUUAAAGAUUUAUGAUGGAUUUGACACUCAUUCCCGUCUCAUUGGCACUUACUGUGGUACCCAGACAGAAUCCUUUAGCUCCAGUAGAAACUCUCUGACAUUCCAGUUUUCUUCCGACUCUUCUGUGUCAGGAAGGGGAUUCCUUCUGGAGUGGUUUGCAGUAGAUGUUUCUGAUAGCACCCCUCCCACCAUCGCUCCAGGAGCUUGUGGAGGGUUUAUGGUGACGGGAGACACUCCUGUCCAUAUUUUCUCCCCGGGUUGGCCUAGAGAGUAUGCUAAUGGUGCUGACUGUAUCUGGAUCAUCUAUGCUCCUGACUCUACUGUGGAACUCAACAUUCUCUCCUUGGACAUCGAACCGCAGCAGUCAUGCAAUUAUGACAAGCUGAUCGUAAAAGACGGAGACAGUGACUUAUCCCCAGAGCUGGCUGUUCUGUGUGGCGUAAGCCCUCCUGGGCCCAUCCGGUCAACUGGAGAAUACAUGUACAUCCGCUUCACUUCAGACACCAGCGUCGCGGGGACAGGCUUCAACGCCUCCUUUCACAAGAGCUGUGGUGGAUAUUUGCAUGCAGAUCGAGGAGUUAUCACAUCCCCCAAGUAUCCAGACACCUACCUUCCCAACCUCAACUGCUCCUGGCAUGUUCUGGUCCAGACUGGUCUGACCAUCGCCGUCCAUUUUGAGCAGCCUUUCCAGAUUCAAAACAGAGACUCUUUUUGCAGUCAGGGGGAUUACUUGGUGCUAAGAAACGGACCAGAUAACCAUUCUCCACCACUGGGACCUUCUGGAAGAAAUGGUCGUUUCUGCGGAAUGUACGCACCGUCCACUCUGUUCACCUCAGGCAAUGAAAUGUUUGUUCAGUUCAUCUCGGACAGUAGUAAUGGUGGACAAGGGUUUAAGAUCAGAUAUGAGGCAAAGAGUUUAGCCUGCGGGGGCACUGUCUACAUCCAUGAUGCUGACUCUGACGGAUACCUGACCUCCCCCAACUACCCUGCUAAUUAUCCCCAACAUGCCGAAUGCAUUUGGAUCUUAGAGGCGCCUCCAGGGAGAAGCAUACAGCUCCAAUUUGAAGAUCAAUUCAAUAUUGAAGACACACCCAACUGUUCUGUGAGCUAUCUUGAAUUGCGUGACGGAGCCAACUCGAAUGCACGUCUGGUUUCCAAGUUGUGUGGCCACACUCUGCCUCAUAGCUGGGUAUCCUCGAGAGAACGAAUAUACUUGAAGUUUCACACUGACGGUGGUUCCAGCUACAUGGGAUUCAAGGCCAAGUACUCUAUAGCUUCCUGUGGAGGAACAGUCUCAGGGGACAGUGGAGUCAUCGAGAGCAUUGGCUACCCGACCCUUCCGUAUGCAAACAAUGUGUUUUGUCAGUGGUUUAUCCGAGGCCUCCCAGGACACUACCUCACUCUCAGUUUUGAAGAUUUUAACCUUCAGAGCUCUCCUGGUUGUACAAAAGACUUUGUGGAGAUCUGGGAAAACCAUACCUCUGGAAGAGUUCUGGGGAGAUAUUGUGGAAACUCCACUCCUAGCAGUGUUGACACUUCCAGCAAUGUUGCUUCCGUCAAGUUUGUCACAGAUGGCUCUGUCACUGCCUCAGGAUUUAGGCUGCAGUUUAAGUCCAGCAGACAAGUGUGUGGUGGGGAUUUACAUGGCCCUACUGGCACAUUUACUUCUCCCAACUACCCAAACCCAAAUCCUCAUGCCCGGAUCUGUGAGUGGACGAUCACUGUACAAGAAGGAAGGCGGAUCGUCCUGACGUUUACCAACUUGAGGCUGAGUACCCAGCCAUCUUGUAACAGUGAGCACCUCAUCGUAUUCAAUGGCAUUAGAAGCAACUCGCCCCUACUACAGAAACUGUGCAGCCGUGUGAAUGUGACCAAUGAAUUCAAAUCUUCAGGAAACACCAUGAAAGUGGUAUUUUUCACUGAUGGCUCCCGGCCGUAUGGAGGCUUCACUGCUUCCUACACCUCUACUGAAGAUGCAGUGUGUGGUGGAUUUCUUCCAAGUGUCUCCGGUGGAAACUUUUCUUCUCCUGGCUAUAAUGGAAUUCGUGAUUAUGCCAGAAACCUAGACUGUGAAUGGACUCUCAGUAAUCCAAAUCGGGAAAAUUCAUCCAUAAGUAUCUAUUUUCUAGAACUUUCUAUUGAAAGUCAUCAAGACUGUACAUUUGAUGUCCUAGAGUUUCGAGUAGGGGAUGCUGAUGGGCCCCUGAUAGAGAAGUUCUGUAGCCUGUCAGCACCAACAGCGCCCUUGGUCAUCCCCUACCCUCAGGUGUGGAUACACUUCGUCAGCAAUGAGCGUGUAGAAUAUACUGGAUUCUAUAUAGAGUACUCCUUUACAGAUUGUGGUGGAAUACGGACAGGUGACAAUGGAGUGAUCUCAAGUCCUAACUAUCCAAACUUGUACAGUGCAUGGACCCACUGUUCAUGGCUGCUGAAAGCCCCAGAAGGUCACACCAUCACUCUCACAUUCAGUGACUUUCUUCUUGAGGCUCAUCCAACUUGCACUUCAGACUCCGUCACUGUCAGGAAUGGUGACUCCCCAGGAUCGCCCGUCAUAGGACGAUACUGUGGACAGUCAGUCCCUAGGCCGAUACAGUCUGGUUCCAACCAACUUAUAGUGACUUUUAACACAAACAAUCAAGGGCAAACUCGUGGAUUUUAUGCAACAUGGAACACAAACGCUUUAGGUUGUGGGGGAACAUUCCACUCAGCUAAUGGUACAAUCAAAUCUCCUCACUGGCCUCAGACAUUCCCAGAAAACAGCAGAUGCUCCUGGACAGUGAUCACUCACGAAAGUAAACACUGGGAGAUUAGCUUUGACAGCAAUUUCCGAAUCCCCAGCAGUGACAGCCAGUGUCAGAACAGCUUCGUGAAGGUUUGGGAAGGAAGGUUGAUGAUCAAUAAGACCCUGUUAGCCACGAGCUGUGGAGAUGUGGCUCCAAGUCCCAUUGUCACAUCAGGGAACAUUUUCACUGCUGUCUUCCAAUCUGAGGAGAUGGCAGCCCAGGGCUUCUCUGCAUCCUUCAUUAGCCGGUGCGGACGCACAUUCAAUACCUCCACUGGUGACAUCAUCUCUCCAAACUUCCCGAAGCAAUACGACAACAACAUGAACUGCACCUACCUCAUAGACGCUGACCCUCAGUCUCUGGUCAUCCUGACUUUUGUGUCCUUUCAUUUGGAAGAUCGCUCAGCUAUCACCGGAACCUGUGAUCAUGAUGGCUUGCACAUCAUCAAAGGUCGUAACCUCUCUUCCACUCCUCUCGUGACCAUAUGUGGUUCUGAAACUUUGCGUCCCCUCACUGUGGACGGCCCAGUGUUGCUCAACUUCUAUUCUGAUGCAUACACCACAGACUUUGGCUUCAAGAUUUCCUACAGAGCCAUCACCUGUGGUGGGAUCUACAAUGAAUCCUCUGGAAUCCUUAGGAGCCCUUCCUACUCAUACAGCAACUACCCCAACAACCUCUACUGUGUCUACAGCCUCCAUGUUAGAAGCAGCAGAGUGAUAAUAAUCAGGUUCAAUGAUUUCGAUGUGGCUCCUUCCAACCUUUGUGCACAUGACUUCCUGGAGGUGUUUGAUGGUCCCAGCAUUGGAAAUCGAUCUCUUGGAAAGUUCUGUGGUUCCACGCGUCCACAAACUGUUAAGAGCACCAAUAGCAGCCUGACCCUGCUGUUCAAGACAGAUUCUUCUCAAACAGCAAGAGGUUGGAAAAUAUUUUUCCGGGAGACAAUAGGGCCACAGCAGGGAUGUGGUGGAUACCUGACCGAGGACAACCAGAGCUUUGUGUCUCCUGAUUCUGAUUCGAAUGGACGCUAUGACAAGGGUCUCAGCUGCAUAUGGUACAUAGUUGCACCUGAAAACAAACUGGUUAAGCUCACCUUCAAUGUGUUCACUCUGGAGGGACCAUCGUCAGCUGGGAGCUGCGUCUAUGAUUAUGUGCAGAUAGCAGAUGGCGCAAGCAUAAACUCAUAUUUAGGUGGAAAAUUCUGUGGCUCCCGUAUGCCUGCCCCAUUUAUCUCUUCCGGCAACUUCCUUACGUUUCAGUUUGUCUCUGACGUAACUGUUGAAAUGAGGGGAUUUAAUGCAACAUAUACCUUUGUGGACAUGCCUUGCGGGGGAACAUAUAACGCAACCUCGACACCUCAAAAUGCGUCAUCACCUCAUUUAUCCAACAUCGGACGGCCAUACUCCACCUGUACUUGGGUCAUCGCAGCUCCCCCACAGCAGCAGGUUCAGAUAACUGUGUGGGACUUACAGCUGCCCUCACAAGACUGCUCACAAAGCUACUUAGAACUUCAGGAUUCAGUACAGACUGGUGGAAACCGGGUGACUCAGUUCUGCGGUGCGAACUAUACAACCUUGCCAGUGUUCUACUCCUCAAUGAGCACUGCGGUUGUCGUUUUCAAGUCUGGAGUUUUAAACAGAAACUCGCAAGUGCAAUUCUCCUAUCAGAUUGCAGAUUGCAACAGAGAAUACAACCAAACGUUUGGCAAUCUGAAGAGUCCUGGGUGGCCUCAGAACUAUGACAAUAACCUGGACUGCACCAUCAUUCUCAGAGCCCCGCAGAACCACAGCAUUUCCCUCUUUUUCUAUUGGUUUCAGCUGGAAGAUUCAAGACAAUGCAUGAAUGAUUUCUUGGAGGUAAGAAACGGCGGCAGCAGCACCUCACCACUGCUUGACAAGUACUGUAGCAACCUGCUGCCCAACCCGGUCUUCUCUCAGAGCAACGAACUGUAUCUGCACUUUCACAGCGACCACUCAGUCACCAACAAUGGCUAUGAAAUUAUUUGGACCUCCUCUGCUGCUGGCUGUGGAGGGACUCUUUUGGGCGACGAAGGGAUAUUCACCAACCCUGGCUUUCCUGACAGUUACCCGAACAACACUCAUUGUGAAUGGACCAUUGUUGCUCCUUCUGGAAGGCCUGUCUCUGUCGGGUUUCCCUUUCUCAGUAUCGACUCUUCUGGUGGCUGUGACCAGAACUACCUCAUAGUCUUUAAUGGUCCAGACGCCAACUCCCCACCCUUUGGACCGUUGUGUGGCAUCAACACUGGGAUAGCGCCCUUCUAUGCUUCAUCAAAUCGGGUCUUUAUAAGGUUUCAUGCUGAGUAUACGACACGUCUUUCAGGGUUUGAAAUAAUGUGGAGCAGCUGAAUCAGGAGAGCUGUGUAUAACCCCAGGACUCUGGUUCUGCCCAGUGCUGUCAGAUGCAACCCUGCCCAGUACUCAUUCUGCUGUUCUCAUCCCCGUCUCUGCCUGCGUCAUCAAACAUGGACUGAGCUUCUACAGCCUUGACCAGAGAAAGUGCACGACUGACUUCAUACAUUAGGCGUUCUGAAGGCUUUGAUCUACUCAGCUGUGCACACCAUCUUUACUGGAUGCCCUGUUUAGCCGACAUCUUCUAAAAUGUUCUUUAAAGGGUGGAAGUUAUCCUGGCACAUUGAUGUACGGUUUUAAAACUUGGUGAUACAAAUGGAUGUAUUGUUUCCACUACAAAAGUCAAAGUGCAGGUAAUAAACAUUUCUUCACAUGUCUACUGUGAGAAAA